AUGAGUCGCCGCCCAGGUGAAGUCAACUACGCUGAGCUUGAGGCUGGAAACUUCUCUGACGAUUCCUCCGAUGACGGAUACGUCAACAAGCAGAAGGACGAUGAUGUCAGCUACGGUGCUCCUAGAAAGAGAAGACCUAAGGCAGCAGCCUCUGGUGAUCCAGGCGCCAGCUCCGCCAAUCCGGCCAAGAAGAAGAGGGCUCAGGACUUCAUGGAGCGAGCCAAGACUGAACUUGAAGACACCCACUUCUCUGAUGAAGAAAUGAUUGAAUUGACCCCAGAUAUUCCCCCUGAUUACAUUCCCGACGCCGUUUCCCGGGCCUUUGGCAAAACUGACUUCUCCUACCUCAAGUUGAAGCCUGAUCAUUUCUCACGCCCACUUUGGAUAUCCCCCAACGACGGAAGGAUCAUCUUAGAAUCGUUCUCCCCGUUGGCUGAACAAGCACAGGACUUUUUGAUCACCAUUGCCGAGCCAAUCUCCAGACCUUCACAUAUCCACGAGUACAAGAUCACAGCAUAUUCACUCUACGCAGCAGUUUCCGUGGGUCUUGAAACAGAAGACAUCAUUUCCGUGCUUAACAGAUUAUCCAAGGUGCCAGUGGCAGAUUCCAUCGUUCGGUUUAUCAGAGAUGCUACCGUCAGUUACGGUAAAGUCAAGUUGGUCUUGAAGGAUAACAGAUACUUCGUCGAAAGCACACAAGCAGAUAUUUUACAGAUGCUUCUUAAAGACCCUAUUUUGGGGCCUUUGAGAAUUCAGUUCUCGGAGGGCUCAAACAAUGGAUUGGUUCAGUCAGCUGCCCCCAACCAGGGAGACUUACAAAUCCCAGGAACGAGCAAGGACAAGACAGCAGAACAGUCGAAAGAAGACAAUAUAUUUAAUUCAGUCAUAGGAAAGGAAGACGGCGAGGAAGAUGACGAUAUAGAUACUGUCCACUCGUUCGAGAUAUCCCACGAAUCGGUGGAAAUUGUCAAGAGAAGAUGUCAAGAAAUCGAUUAUCCGGUUUUAGAAGAGUACGAUUUCAGAAACGAUAGCAGAAACCCCAACCUCGAGAUCGACUUGAAGCCUUCCACCCAAAUCAGACCCUACCAGGAAAAGUCUCUUUCGAAGAUGUUUGGUAAUGGACGUGCCAGAUCGGGAAUUAUCGUGUUACCUUGCGGUGCCGGGAAGACUUUGGUUGGUAUCACGGCUGCAUGCACCAUUCGUAAAUCCGUUAUUGUGUUGUGUACGUCUUCGGUGUCUGUUAUGCAAUGGAGACAACAAUUCUUGCAAUGGUGUACUAUCCAGCCAGAAAACGUGGCCGUUUUCACUUCUGAAAAUAAGGAAAUGUUUACCAGUGAGUCGGGGUUGGUUGUUUCGACAUAUUCAAUGGUGGCCAAUACCAGAAAUAGGUCACACGAUUCUCAGAAAGUCAUGGAUUUCCUUCGUUCGAGAGAAUGGGGUUUCAUUAUUCUUGAUGAGGUUCACGUGGUUCCAGCUGCCAUGUUUAGAAGAGUGGUCACUACCAUCGCUGCGCACGCGAAGUUGGGGCUCACAGCUACCUUAGUCAGAGAGGACGAUAAAAUUGAAGAUUUGAAUUUCUUGAUUGGUCCAAAGUUGUACGAGGCCAACUGGAUGGAUUUGGCUCAGAAGGGACACAUUGCCAAUGUUCAGUGUGCAGAGGUUUGGUGUCCAAUGACCUCCGAAUUUUACCAGGAAUACUUAAGAGAAUCUGCUCGUAAGAGAAUGCUUUUGUACAUUAUGAAUCCUACCAAGUUCCAGGCAUGCCAGUUUUUGAUCCACUACCACGAAAAGAGAGGUGACAAGAUCAUUGUUUUCAGUGACAAUGUCUAUGCAUUGCAAGAAUAUGCUUUGAAGUUGGGUAAGCCAUUUAUUUUCGGCUCUACUCCUCAGCUGGAAAGAAUGAAGAUUUUGCAAAAUUUCCAACACAACGAUCAAAUCAACACAAUCUUCCUCUCAAAGGUUGGUGACACUUCUAUCGAUUUGCCAGAAGCUACCUGUUUGAUUCAGAUUUCUUCCCAUUAUGGUUCUAGAAGACAAGAAGCUCAAAGAUUAGGUAGAAUCUUGAGAGCUAAAAGAAGAAACGACGAGGGUUUCAAUGCAUUUUUCUACUCAUUGGUUUCCAAGGAUACCCAGGAAAUGUACUACUCUACUAAAAGACAAGCUUUCUUAGUCGAUCAAGGUUAUGCUUUCAAAGUCAUUACUCAUUUAAGUGGAAUGGAACAAUUACCAGACUUGGCGUAUGCCUCAGCUAGAGAAAGAAGAGAAUUGUUACAGCAAGUUCUCUUGAAGAACGAGAGCGCUGCUGGUGUGGAGAUUGGAGAUGAUGUUGACACCAACUUUAUUUCUAAGAAAGACAGAAUGAAAAUGGAGCAGUCCAGCGCUACUAGACAAGCCGGAUCCUUGGCUGGUUUGGCAGGUGGUGAGGAUAUGGCUUAUAUCGAGUACAGCAAGAACAAGAACAAGGAGUUGAGAGAGCUGAAAGAGCACCAUCCAUUGAUCCAAAAGAUGUACUAUAAGAAAAAGCAUUAA